AUGCCUGUCAUAUCAAACACACCGGUGCUGUUCACCAGAAUGUCUAACCGUCCAAACGAGUCGAUAAUCGUAACUAUCAGUCGUCGACAGUCCGACUCCAGGCGCACGUCUGACACCACUCCCAUCACCGACUCUGCCGAUCAUAUCGUCGCGCAUUCAACGGCUACUGAGUGUACGUCCCGUCCGUCCAGACCAGUGACUACUAAUCGGGCACCGCUUCGAGCAAACAGUAAGGCUAUGGCGGCGCCCGAGCCCGUGAUUAGGACUACCUUUCCCUCGAAAAAAUUCUACAAAAUCAUAGAAAUGUCGGAAAUAAUUGCCGACAAUAGGAAUGGGAGUCCGGGAGAGACCAUACAUUCGGUGUGUAUUUCGUGGACUAAUAUCCAAGUGUUGACUAAAACACAGAAAUCUAUUUAUAAUUGUUUUGAAAAUAAUAAACAAACAAAAGAGAUCCUAAGGAACGUAUCAGGUGAAGUUAAAGCUGGAACUAUGUUGGCUAUAAUGGGCGCCAGUGGCUCCGGAAAGACAACUCUAUUGAAUGUUUUGACGGCAAGGAAUUUAUCCCAACUGUCCGUCAAUGGAGUGGUACUCAUGAAUGGACAGACAGUCAGUCAACCGACCAUUGCAUCCAUUUCCUCGUAUAUACAACAACACGAUUUGUUUCAACCAAUGUUUACAGUCAGGGAACACCUAUUAUUUCAU